CUGUCAAAGAUGUCAGCAGAGAGAGGGAGUGAAAGGAAUGCAAUGAUACAACUGCUAUUCAACAAUGGUUUUAAACAGAGGGAAAUCAGCAGUAUGCUGGCUUCAUUUGGACAUAAAAUCAGUGAGAGACACCUGAGAAGAGUGUUACAACUAUUAGGGUUGAGGCGAAGAAGCCACCAGCGACCUAUCACUGAAAUACAAAAUGCUGUGGAGAGUGAGAUAAGACACUGUUCACCUGAACAAGGCAUCAGGGCGAUGCUAAGGCGGGUUCGGGAUGUUCGAGGAGUAAGGCCAUGCUACAGAGAUGAUGUUGCUAAAGUAAUGAGGGAUCUGGAUGCAAGUGGUCUUCAGAGAAGAUCUCCUGGCAAGAAGAAAAUCCAACGCAGGAACUACAUCAGCUGUGGUCCAAAUGACACUUGGCACAUUGAUGGCAAUGACAAACUCAAGUUCUUUGGUAUGUGGAUACAUCUCGGGAUUGAUGGGUUCUCUAGGAAGGUUCUCUGGCUGAAGGUUGGCACUUCCAACCGCAAGCAAAGAUUUGUGGCAAGAUAUUUCUAUGAUGCUGUUCAGGAACACGGUGGCUGUCCCCAGUUGAUUCGAUCCGACAGAGGAAAGGAGAACCUUGUUGUUGGUCAAAUGCAGAUGGCAUUUCACAUGCGGGAGUUGGGGAACCAGGCAUGGAAGUGCUUCAGAAUGGGGACAUCGGUGCACAACCAGAGAGCUGAAUGCUUCAACAGCAUUUUAAAGAGGACAUGGAUAAAGAAAUGGCUGACAACAUUUGAGGUACCAAAGCAAAUGUUUUAA